GCACCCAUUAAUUCUCUCACUAAUUUUUUUUUUUUUAAUUUCUAAAAAAAAAUUACUACAAAAGAAAAACUAUAAGAAGGGGAAAAAGAACACAAGGCGUUUUUGUUUCUUUUGUCAAGUAGCCGAUACAGAAGGCUCAUCCCAUUGAGUCUCUUAAAAGCGAUUUUGUACUCACUCACUCAACUCCACAGAGAUCAAACUCGUGACCAAAAGUGGAAAUGGUCUGUGUGUGUCAGUGGUGCUGAAGAAGCUAGAUCUCUUUGUAUCCACGCAGCAGCGUAGAGUGAGAAGCGGAAAGGGAUUGGAAUUUGACAUGGAAUUAGAGAGAAAGGGCGAUAAAGCUCAGGAAACUGCCAGGAAAUCAUUAUGAAGUUUUAUAUUUCGACAGCGGGGAUUAAGAGAGUGACGAUAUCGAACUCCGGCAGCAGCGGGGGAAAGGGAUCUAAGGUGGCUGCGUGUCGGAGGCUUUCUAGCCGGACAGUGCUGCCGGUGGUGCUGCUGCUUGGGAUCCUUUUGCCCUUCCUUUUUGUUAGAAUUGCGUUUUUGGUCCUCGAAUCUGCCACUGCUUGCAGUCCCACCUUUGACUGUACGGGAUGGAGGUUUUUCGGCGGGAGGGACACAUCUCUGAAGCUGAGAGAAGAGCUGACAAGAGCAUUGUUGGAGGCAAAGGAGGGUGGCAUAUAUGAUAAUGGAAUGGACGAUUCAACAGAAUCAUUCAACGACCUUGUGAAGGAAAUGACGUCUAAACGACCAGACAUUAAGGCUUUUGCUCUCAAGACCAAGGCCAUGCUGUCUAAAAUGGAGCGCAAGGUGCAGUUAGCCAGACAGCGUGAGUCAAUUUUCUGGCAUUUAGCUUCACAUGGCAUUCCAAAGACCCUACAUUGCCUUUGCCUCAAAUUGGCUGAGGAAUAUGCUGUAAAUGCCAUAGCCCGAUCUCGUUUACCCCAACCUGAAUAUGUGUCUCGCCUGGCAGAUCCAUCCUUUCAUCAUGUUGUUCUCAUAACUGAUAAUGUUCUUGCUGCCUCUGUUGUCAUCUCUUCUACAGUCCAAAACUCAGUCAGCCCUGAAAAAUUGGUGUUUCAUGUAAUCACUGACAAGAAAACAUACACCCCAAUGCAUGCUUGGUUUGCUAUCAAUCCUAUUAAAUCAGCGGUUGUGGAAAUUAAGGGAUUGCACCAAUAUGACUGGACAAAGGAAGUAAAUAUUGGCAUUAAAGAGAUGUUAGAGAUUCAUCGUCUUAUUUGGAGCCACUACUACACCAAUAUGAAAGAAGAUAACUUUCUACUCGACGAAGAGCGCAUGAGAAGUUUGGAGGCUUUAAGUCCCACGUCUCUUUCCCUGUUGAAUCAUCUCCGAAUUUAUAUUCCUGAGCUGUUUCCAGAUCUCAACAAGAUAGUUUUCUUGGAUGAUGAUGUAGUAGUGCAACAUGACAUAUCAUCUUUGUGGGAAUUGGAUCUCAACAAGAAAGUUGUUGGUGCUGUUGUUGACUCAUGGUGCGGUGAAAACUGCUGCCCAGGACGAAGAUAUAAAGAUUUUUUGAAUUUUUCUCACCCAAUAAUUUCAUCUAAUUUUGAUCCUGAACGUUGUGCCUGGCUUUAUGGCAUGAAUGUCUUUGAUCUUAACACUUGGAGGAGAGCCAAUGUCACAACAAAUUACCAUAAAUGGUUGAAACAUAGUCUAAAAUCUGGACUGGAAUUAUGGCAACCAGGGGUGUUUCCACCGGCAUUACUUGCUUUUGAUGGUCAAGUGCACCCUAUUGAUCCCACAUGGCAUCUGGCUGGUCUAGGCUAUAGACCUCCCGAAGGUCGCAGAGAGAUGCUGGAAGCUGCUGCUGUUUUACAUUUUAGUGGCCCUGCAAAGCCCUGGCUAGAGAUAGGGCUCCCAGAGGUACAAAACUUAUGGAAUAGACAUGUAAAUCUUUCAAACAAGAUUAUUAGGAAAUGUAGAAUUAGCGGGUGAGGAGGACGAAGUUCUCUCACUCUCACAUAUUCUUCUUGAAAUCAAACCAAUGACAUAGUAUGACCAGAGGGAAGAAGGUUUUGCCUUCAGUCUCUGCUCACACUGAGCUCUCCACAAUAUGAUAUUUGGUUAUUUCUUGUCCAUAAUACAAAAUAGUUGAAGGUAUGAUGCAGUACACAAUAGGACAGGAUCUUCGAUCUCGAAGAGAUGUAGCUUUGUUAACAAAUAUUUGUAUAUUAAGUUUAGCUGAGAAAUUGAAAUUAGUUAAAACAAUUGCAGAUUUUAUUAUUAUUAUUAUUUUGUGUAAUAAUGUGCAAAUAUUAGCCACUGUGACAGGUAAAAAUAGUGUUAUGCUUCUCUUAUGAGA